AGGUCGUGGGGCGGGGCCAGCGUCGGUAGCCGCCCCCUCUGCCUCAGCAGUAGUACCUCCGUCUGCAUUAGCCGGCAUCCCCCGUCCCGGUGCUCGGGCGGGGCCGAGCUUCCAGUCCACAGGCGCGGUCCGGAGCAGCGAGGAUGGCUCUGGGCGAGGAGCCGGCCGCGGGCGCGCCGGAGGACGGGGCGGAGGACGAGGCGCUGGCCCGCGGCGGCUUCCUCGAGUCGUUCUGCGAGAGCGCGGAGACGCGCGCGCUGCUCGCCCGCCUGCCGGCGGUGCUCGGCGACCGUGCGGCCCGGGAGGGCGCCCUGGAGCGGUUCCGAGUGAUCAUGGACAAGUACCAGGAGCAGCCUCACCUGCUGGACCCACACCUCGAAUGGAUGAUGAACUUGUUGUUGGAUAUAGUACAAGAUAAGACAUCUCCAGCUGACCUCAUACAUCUGGCUUUUAAAUUUCUUUACAUCAUCACCAAGGUUCGAGGAUAUAAAACAUUUCUUCGUUUAUUUCCUCAUGAAGUGGCUGAUGUACAACCUGUUUUAGAUAUGUUUACAAAUCAAAAUCCUAGAGACCAUGAAACUUGGGAGACUCGCUACAUGCUUUUACUGUGGCUCUCCGUGACCUGCCUGAUCCCUUUUGAUUUUUCUCGCCUCGAUGGGAACCUCGUCGCUCCACCUGGGCAGAUUCGAAUGUCCACAAUGGACCGUAUUCUCGAAGUAGCAGAGACCUACUUGGUUGUCAGCGACAAGGCCCGAGAUGCGGCUGCUGUCCUCGUGUCCAAGUUCGUUACACGGCCUGAUGUCAAGCAGAAGAAGAUGGCAGGUUUCCUGGACUGGAGCCUGCACACUUUGACUCGCUCCUCCUUCCAGACCAUCGAGGGGGUCAUUGCCAUGGAUGGCACGCUGCAGGCCCUGGCUCAAAUAUUUAAGCAUGGAAAACGUGAGGAUUGUUUACCCUAUGCCGCAACGGUUCUCGAGCGCCUGGCGGGUUGCAGGCUCCCCUGCAGCAACCAGACCCUGCUCCGGAAACUUGGAGUGAAGCUCGUCCAGCGGCUGGGACUGACCUUCCUGAAGCCCCGGGUGGCAGAGUGGAGGUACCAGCGCGGCUGCCGCUCGCUGGCCGCUAACCUGCAGCUCUGCACCCAGAGUCCGCGGGAGCCGACAGUGCAUGCCGAGACUCCCGCUGGUGACGGAGACUGUGAUGUCCCCGAGGAGGUGGAGAGCGUGAUAGAGCAGCUGCUGAUCGGGCUGAAGGACCAGGACACGAUUGUGCGGUGGUCUGCGGCCAAAGGAAUUGGUAGGAUGGCUGCGAGGCUCCCCAAAGAGCUGGCGGAUGAUGUGGUUGGGUCCGUGUUGGAUUGUUUCAGCUUUCAGGAGACGGACGGUGCCUGGCACGGUGGCUGUCUGGCGUUGGCAGAACUGGGCAGAAGAGGCCUGUUGCUCCCUUCACGGCUGGAAGACGUUGUUCCCGUGAUCCUGAAGGCGCUGACCUAUGAGGAGAAGCGGGGCUCCUGCAGUGUAGGUACCAACGUCAGGGACGCCGCCUGCUACGUGUGCUGGGCCUUCGCACGUGCCUAUGAGCCCCGGGAGCUGCAGCCCUUCGUGGCCGCCAUCUCCAGCGCUCUGGUGAUUGCCACGGUGUUUGACCGAAACAUCAACUGCAGGAGAGCAGCCUCUGCCGCUUUCCAGGAGAAUGUGGGAAGACAGGGCACUUUCCCUCACGGGAUCGAUAUUUUGACUGCAGCCGACUACUUUGCUGUUGGCAACAGAGCUAACUGCUUCCUGGUUAUAAGCACGUUUAUUGCCGGCUUUCCUGAGUACACUCAGCCAAUGAUAGACCACCUGGUGACCAUGAAGAUCAACCACUGGGAUGGAGUCAUCAGAGAGCUGUCUGCGAAAGCUCUGCACAACCUGGCCCAGCGAGCGCCUGAGUACAGCGCCACUCACGUUCUCCCGCGUCUGCUGUCGAUGACACAGAGUCUGGAUCUGCAUACACGGCACGGGGCUGUGCUCGCCUGUGCGGAGGUCACCCGUGGCCUGUACAGACUCGCGGUGCAGGAGGACAGGCCCAUCACAGACUACCUGGACGACGCGGCAGUGCAGGGCCUGAAGCACAUUCACCAGCAGCUUUACGAUCGUCAGUUGUACAGGGGUCUAGGAGGAGAACUCAUGAGACAAGCAGUGUGCGUUCUGAUUGAGAACUUGUCCCUUUCUAAGAUGCCUUUUAGAGGUGACGCCAUCAUUGAUGGUUGGCAGUGGCUGAUAGAUGACACUUUGAGAAAUCUCCAUCUUAUUUCAACUCCUUCUAGACAACAGAUCAAGGAAGCAGCCGUCUCGGCCCUGGCUGCACUCUGCCGCGAGUACUACGCCCGGGAGGCUGGGGAGGCAGAUCCCACUAGGCAGGAGGAGCUGACCCGGCAGUAUCUCGCUGACCUGCAGAGCCCAGAGGAGCUGACCCGCUGCGGCUUCUCGCUGGCUCUGGGCGCCCUCCCGUGCUUCCUCCUGAGCGGCCGGCUGCAGCAGGUGCUGGCAGGCCUGGGAGCUGUGACCCUCAUUCGUCCCGAGGAUGUGAGCUUUGCUGAAUCCAGGCGGGAUGCCUUGAAGGCGAUCUCGAGGGUUUGCCAGACGGUUGGCGUGAGAGCAGGAGGGGCCCCAGAUGAGGUUGUAUGUGAAGCGAACGUCUCUCAGAUUUACCGCACGCUGCUGGGCUGUCUGCGCGACUACACCACCGACAGCCGUGGGGACGUGGGCGCGUGGGUCCGUGAGGCCGCUAUGACCAGUCUGUUGGACCUGAUGCUCCUGGCGGCGAGGGAACAGCCAGAACUGAUCGAGGCCACUGUCUGUCAGCAGGUCAUGUGUUGCGUGGCCCAGCAGGCAAGUGAGAAGAUCGACCGGGUCCGCGCGCACGCCGCCCGCGUGUUCAUGGCCCUGUUGCAUUCUGGUGGCUCCCCUGUCCCCCACGUGCCCCAUCGAGAAGAGCUGGAAAAGCUCUUCCCCAGGUCCGACAUGGCCUCUGUGAACUGGAAUGCGCCGUCCCAGGCCUUCCCUCUCAUCACCCAGCUCUUGGGGUUGCCUGCCUACCGCUACCACGUCCUGCUGGGGCUGGCCGUGUCUGUGGGCGGCUUGACAGAGUCCACGGUCAGGUACUCCACGCAGAGCCUCUUUGAGUACAUGGCGGGGAUCCAGAAAGACCUGCGGGCCCUGGAGGGCUUCAGCGGGACCCUCCUGCAGGUCUUUGAGGACAACCUUCUGAACGACAGGGUGUCUGUGCCGCUGCUGAAGACGCUGGACCAGAUGCUGGCCAACGGCUGCUUUGACCUCUUCACCGCGGAGCAGAACCACCCCUUCGGCGGGAAGCUGCUUGCGCUUUGCAAGGAGGAAAUCAAGAAGUCUAAGGAUGUGCAGAAACUGCGGUCGAGCGUCGCUGUGUUCUGCGGGAUGGUGCGGUUCCCGGGCGACGUGAGGAGGAAGGUGCUCCUGCAGCUGUGCCUUCUGCUCUGCCACCCGUUCCCUGUGAUCCGGAAGACCACGGCCAGCCAGGUGUACGAGAUGCUGCUCACCUACGGUGACAUCAUGCGUGAGGACGUCCUGGAUGAGGUCAUGGCUGUGCUGGGCACCACGGCCUGGGAUGCGGAGCUCCCGCUCGUCAGAGGCCAGCGGAACCGCCUGUGUGACCUCCUCGGUGUGCCCAGACCUCAGCUGGUCCCCAAGGUAGCCGCGCGGCCCUCGGCCACACUGGGAACCUGGGGCCCUUCCCACACGAGGCCUCUAAGUGCAGCUCCCAGGAGCCACUGUCCCGAGCUCCAGUCUGGGACGUUCUGGGUCACGUUGACUGCUGGGCGCGUGCCUUCACCCCGCCUGCCCCGUGUACACUCUGCUGGCUCCUCCUCCCAAAGCCAGAUGAGUCUCACAGGCUCAUGCGUGCACGUCCCCACCAGGCGUGUGUCAGGUGUGUCCUGUGGGCACUGCUCCCAGACACGUCCUCUGCGCCACCAGCCCUCAGCGGAGUUGUCAGUGACCUAGUUCACUCUCUCAGAUGUGCUCCUCCGUCACGGCCGAAGGGAGGCUGCCUCGGGCCGGUUUCCACCAUCACUACCUCCCUGGAGACUCGUCUGGUCCUGGGACUCUGUCACCCCAGGGUUUCCACGCCCCUGGCCUGUGCACUGUGGCUGCGGUGUCCUGAGGUUGCAGGGCCCUGAGCUGUCCCUCCAGGUUCUGCGGACCAUCAGGUUUUAGGGUCUCGUGUGUGUGCUUGCAGGGAAUCAGGACAGACUCAUGGUCAGUGUCUCCUCAGGCCGUGGGCUCUGCCAGAGCGCAGUGGCACGUUCUGUGACCGCUGGGGACAGGGCUGGUUCCUUGGCCCCUCGUUCCUGAUCCUGCCCAUUGGCUGUAUUCCCCCGGACCUGGGUUUGGACCCUGGCUGCUGCCGAGCUUUUAUUGAGCAAGAACAUCCACGCGAGAGCGCGUGCGGUCCGGCUCUGUGCACACACACGCAACGGGCACCUGGCUCAAGGGUGGAGCCCCCGGGCGGGCUGCCGGGCUAGAUGUUGCUGCACGAGAUGCUGGUGAGCAGAUUCCAGAAGGUGCUCGGGCUGCGUGUGCGGUGCAGGUGGUGGGCACGGCCAGUACCCCGUCUGCGGUUGUUGGCCUGUGGGUCCCCUUCAGUGUUUUUGUCUCUGGGCUCUGUGGUGUGCAUGGGCCCUGGAAUUGUAUCUGCAAAUAUCUGCUUGGGGGCAGGGGGCGCGGCUUAGGGUUCUGGGCUCCAGCCUUCAUCUCGUCCCGCUCUGUUGUUCGAGGAGCUGUUGAAGGUCUUACUGGUUCUAAGGCCGUGUCUCCUCAGUGUUUCUUAAAAGCUUUAUUGUUUUACCUCCUACAUGUAGACGCGAGGCCACUCGGGACUGGCAGUUGUGUGUGGUGCCAGGGAAAGGCCAGCAGACACUUCUUCCACAUGCAGUCCGUGCAGCCCCAUUCUGGCCACGCUGUCGCUGUGGUCAAAGUGGUCGAAGUGAUGCAUGACUGUCCUCUCGGGUCCUGUCCUCCACGAUCUGUCUGUAAUCCGCACCGGCCUGUCUUGCUGACACGGGCGUGGGUCUUGUGAGACGUCGUGGUGCUUGUGCAUUUCCGUCUCGGGUUUUAUUUUUCCAAGACCAUCUUGACUCUUAGCCCCCUUGGGUUUCAGAAACCUGUGUGGAAUCGUCAUCAGUUUGCAGCAGGGAAUCAGCCAGGUAUUCGGCCGAGGUCACUUGGAGCCUCUGGGUCCACUUGGCGAGAAUAGACGUCUGUGAUAGAGUCUCGUGGCCUUGAGUAUGCAGGACUCUGUUUUACAGCUUUGGAACUGCCCUGUGGUCUUGGAUACUCUCUUCUGUUUUCCCACUUUUUUUUCUCAGCAUUUCAGUUUGGGAAGUUUCUAUCGACCAGUCUUCAGGUUCACAGAUUCUUUCUCUGGCCGUGUCCCGUCUUCAUUUCUGUAAGCAUGUUCCUGAUUUCUGGUGUCUCCUUUCAUUCCUUGACUUUCCACCUCUACUCUCACUGCCCAUCAGUCCUUGGUGGUGCCCACUUGCCCCAGCAGAGCCCUUGCCACGAGUCAUCCUUGUUUUAAGCCCUGGUCUGAUUAUCCCAACUCUGCCGUAUCUGAGUCUGGUCUAGAUGUUGGUGCCAUCUCUCCCAGUUGCUUUUUCUCGCCUCUUGGUGUGUUUUGUAAGUUUUUGUUGGAAGCCAGACCCGUUGUGCUGGUAACAGGAAGUCAGGCCUCAGGAUCAUGAGGUUUGUGUCUUUCCAACAGGGGCCCCUCUGUUCAGUAUUGCCACAGCUUCUCCGGCACGUCGUGCCCUGACCUGGGUGUCCCCGCACCGUCCCCCUUGGAGCAUCGGAGUCUGAGAGAGGACCCAUGGCCGUGGCCCUGGAGCCCUGCCGGGGAAGCGGUGGGCUGUGUGGCAGUCUGCGGUCAUCUGAGCGGACCUCAGCCAUGGGCUCCCGUGGGGCAGCUCUGUCCCCCUGUGCCCCUGCAGGUGCCAGGGGCUCUGGCAGUCCUCUUCCCUGGAGGGGAGACGCCCAGAGUGUGGGGGACUUUCCAGGAUCAUGACCAGUGAGCCUGGUGCUCCCAGGGUCCCCCCAAGAUGGUGCCCACAGAGUCUGGCCGUCAGGUGUGCCUUCUGCCCGGUGGUCUCUGCUCCCGGCAGGGUCUGCCCGUGUCCGAGUCCAGCCCUCUUGUCUGGAAGAGAGAGAAGAGGUGCGGCCUCUCUUCUCUGACAGGCCGAGAACGCGCAGCAUCUUGUUCUCGUCUUUGCGAUGUUGCGACACGUUGGAAGUGACGUCACUCGGAAUGUUCUUUAUCUGUAGAAGUGCUUCCUGCCUUCAGGUCUACUUUAGGGGUAACCCAACUGCACUAGAUUUUUGGAUGUUUAUACCAUUUCCUCUUACAUUUAAACGGGUCUCUUAAAAACGGUAGUUAGGUCUUCUCUGUAUUUAAUCCAGUUGAGUAUCUUAAUUGGAGUUUUGUCCCCUUGUAUUUAACGUGUGGUUAUGGGUUUGGGUUUACAUCUAUGAUCUUUGGUUAUGGCUUGAUCUGUUUCUUUCUCUUGGCCUCACUUGGAUUUGAAGGGUUUAUCGCUUCACAGCCCCCACUUGUACGGCUGCUACUCUGCUGGCAGGGACCGCGAGAGCACGCAGUGAGCGGGAGGGCGGCACCAGGCGGGACCCCUCUCCUUGCCGUGUCCUGUCAGCUUUCCAGUCUCUUCUCCUUCAGGCUUGGAAUCACGUUGUUAUUUCCUGCAUCCGCUCCGGUGCCACACAGUGUGGUGGCCCUGCCCACUCUUCUGUUGGGCACCAGGGGGGCUCCGUGAGGGGUGCAAUCAGCUGGCCAAGCACAGUGCCAGCUUCCCAAGUAAAUAUGCUUUUAUCAGGAAUAUUUCACACACAGUGGAUGACGUUUGUGGAAAAGUACCGGGAACCUCUGCCCGCUGCCUUGGGGUUACGUUGGCCUCAGGGUCCUGGGUGGCUGGGGAAAUGGGGGCCCAGAGGGGGUGGUGCUGGUGGUCUGACCCUGUGCUGUGUCCCCAACAGUCUGGCACCCGCUGAGGCCCCCUGCCCGCCUGGCAGCGGGGAGGAGCCUGAUGACAGCACGGGACAGCUGGACAUGGCGCAAAGGGACUUGAAGUUCGUCACCACGGCGGCGGUGGCUUUUCCUCACAUGUGCCCUGGGAUGUUGGUGCUUUUGCCUUCACGUCCACGGGAACCCCGUCUAUAAAAUCAUGUUCUGAGCA